GCGCUCUUCAAACGCACCCAUCAUGAUCAUCCCGUGCACGAUACCGGUGGCGAUGUCUAUAUAGCGAGGAGCACGGAUGGCCUGCUUCUAUCUUCGUGAAAGUCUUCCCCUCCUCCCCUCUCCCUACAUCGACUCCCAUCCUCGCGUCGGUGCCGGGUACCUCGCCGCGCCUCGGUCCUAGGCGUCGAUCACCGCGUAGAGCCCGUUUCACCCGAGCGGCGAGCGCGUCACAGGCGCUCCUGCCGACGAGCACGUCGCUUGCUCACGCGCGGCUCUCUGCCCCUCCCGACCGCAGAACUCGAGUACAAACAUCUCCCUCGUCGUGGUCGCCCUUCGCGCCAAUCCCCCGAUCAACAAGGCGGGCUCGACCACGAUCUCGCGGGGUGCCCUCGAUCACGAUGCGCGCGUCGACGGUGCUGUGGCUGCUAUGGGGGGUGCUGUGGGCGAGAGUGAAGGCAGAGGUGCUGGAGGCGAUGCAGCAGUCCUGGCGGUUCGACUUCUACGACGACAGUGGGAAUAUCACGACGUUUCCCGUCUAUGAGCAAUGCCAAUCUAUGCACGUCAAGUGGGGUCGGAGUAGUGCUACGGGGCCAAGUGCAACGGCACCGUACUCAUUCCUGAUAUACACCUCAAUAUAUCAAUUCCCCUUCUUCCUUGAUGUUGGCGACAGCCUCUCAUACGACUUUGAGAUCCCUUUCCCUCCAGGGACGCAGAUGCAAAUCUGCAUGUUCGAUGCCAAUGGGUACACCGGCGGCUGCCAAUCCGUCGUCAGCAUCGUGCCCAGCACGACCACCUUCAGCCGCACAUGCACGAACGAGACGCUCAGCUGGCCGGAGGGGCCGCUCGACGUGGAGGCGGGGGACAACCAGGGGCCGCUGUCGUGGACUGCGUGGCCGGAGCAGUGCUCGGAUCUGCAGUUCACGCCGAAGAACGGGACGCCGCCGUAUACGCUGCAGAUCGCGCCCGCGUCUCAUCCGCCGUACAAUACGACGCUGGACGAUAUGAGUACUUUCAAUUGGACCGUCGCGCUGACUUGGGCGACGCCGUUCUUCGUUUCUGUCGUCGACGCGGACUACAACUUAUGGUCCAUCGGCAUGCUGCACAGCGGGGAUGGAAAGGCGUCGUGUCUGGGUGGACCAACAGUCACCAAGGUCUCUCCAGGCGCCGCUGCAGGAGCCGGCAUCGGCGGCCUCGUCCUCGGCCUCACCCUCGGCGCUCUCGCCACCUGGUUCUUCCUCAAGCGCCGCCGAUCGAAGAGAACCUCGUUGUCUUCUGCUAAUGUACCCUUCGCCGCACACGAUCCUUCGUACCCCGACGGUUACCCGUCACCUGGACUCAGCGCAGGCUACUUCGAGCAGCGGCAGUCGCACGUGGAUCCGUACUCGCCUACGGGGAUGGCAGGGGUGGGUUCGGGCAACGGGAUGCCCUCGCCUACGCAUGGCCUGGCUUCACCAAUGCAUGGUCUCACCUCGCCGACGCACGGAGUCGCCUCGCCGACGCAUGGAGUCACCUUGCCCUCGGGAGGCAUGACGCAGACCGGCGGGAGCUCCGUGCUCGCGUAUCCGGGCCCUACGACAUCCACGUACCCGAACACAACCACGUCCACCACAUCCCGCCACCGCCCGCCCGACAGCACCGGCUCGGACGGCGGCCUCCAGAGCGGGCACAACGUGUACGUGCUGCACCACGACGGCGGCGCGGCGCCCGUGACCGUGUUCCACGGGGUCGUCGAGCUGCCGCCGCUGUAUGCGGGGGAUAGGGAGGCUGAGGGGGAUGCGCGGAUGGCGGACUUGAGGGACUCCAGCAGAACAGCGAGUCGCACGGACCUGCGAAGCUCGAGUAGAACGGAUCUCAGGAGCUCUGGUCGGUCGGAGGAGAGCGAGGGGUUCGACCCUGGGUUCGAUGAGGAUACGAGGAGGCAUGAGGUGGGGAAGCAUGGGAGCUUCAGUCCGCGGUCGCUGGUGGACCAGAGGCGUCCAGUUGGUGUGAGGAAGCCGACUGGGCCGAGAUGAGGCAUGGGGGAUCCUGUGGUCUUGGCUUGCUUAUAUGGGUUCACGACAAGCGAUUAUCUGCUGACGUCUGAGUGCUAUAUUGUUAUGUGGAUCGCUCUAAACACCUGCUGCGUCUAAGUUAAUGUAUACUGAACAGUACCGCCCUUGUGAGGCGCAAUGUAAAGGUUUACUAUAGCUAGUACUGAAUCAAUGACUCGUCAGAAACCAAUGGCACACCGACCUUGGACAAGCCUC